AUGGCACCACUAUCACAGAAAGUGAAUUUAAAGGAAUUACCUUCCAAGACCGAAUUCUAUGAUAUAUUCGAUGCGGCCUCUGGGUACAAUUAUUGCCCAAAUGGAGUCGAACCCACAGGGAAGGUGGAACAGUUGAGGAGUAAAUUAAAUGAUUACACCGGACUUAAGGAUCAAGAGAGGUGUAUCACAAAGGCUUAUUGCUACGCAUGUUCAAUGAAAAAGAAACAACCUUCUGAUCACGGAAAAACGCAUUUAGAAGGUGCAUCUUGUCGUUUUUUCUAUUAUUGGAUGGGAAAUAAAUAUCCUAGGCCUCUGGACGAGGAGGUGUUCUCGGACCUCAUGGAUGAUAUAUACAGGACAUUAGGAGCUUUAUUCCAUAAUGAAGAAUGUGUUUUCCAGUAUAGAUUUGUUAAUAAAACUACUUUCGAACCUAUGAAAAAAAUAUAUGAACAUUACCACGAUUGCAAUUACGUAAAACAGUAUUUAGAGCAGCAUCUGCAGGAGCGUGACCAGCAGCCUGACGCAGAGUGGGCAGACUACGUGGACAAAGUUACUAAAGCAUGUACUGCUGUGGAAGCACAAUGCAACGGAGGUACAACAAAUAAUGAAUCAUAUUGUGACGAGUACAACAGUACAUACAAAGCUUACUGUGAUGGAGUGAGCCAAACAUCAUUAACAUGUUCUAAAGUAAAGGAACGUGAACCCGGAUCGGACGCCGAAGCACCAGCUGAACAGGAAUCUAAACAGGCAAUGGUAGGAGCUCCCGGACCCCAUACAGCAACUCCAUUGGUUAGUGAUGGUCUACAAUCUUCUGAUGGGACAGAUUCCCUGCAGGGUUCUCUGGAGGGGUCUCCAAUAAGUGUUAAACUACCACAUAUGGAAACUUUAUUAGGGGACGGGGGACAACUUCCUAUAUCUAGACCAGGAAGUAGGGAGGGUGGUGGUAGUCAACCUAGUCACACCACCACUUCUACUGAUGGUAGUGGUGCUGCUGUUGGUGGUGGUGUCGUUCCUGGUGUGUCUUGUGCUGGACUCGCUUUAGUAGGACUUCCUACAAUAAUGUUCCUUCUAUAUAAGUACACUUCUGCAUUUUCUUCCAUAAAAGACUUCUUUCGUGGAGGAGGAGGCGGUAACAGCACAAAUAACAGGAACGGAAGGGGCAGCAACAGUAACAGUAGAAACAGGGGAAAAAGGUCAAUCAAGCACGAAGUGGACACCUUAACGGACACCUCUACUGGACGUUCAACAAUUGAUUCGACAGCAGGAGGGGACGAUUUAUCGGACGAUUCCUCUUUAUAUACUGCUGCUCCUUCCGUCAGAGCGAAUAAUAAUAGAAGACAACGGCAUAAUAGAAAUAAUAUAAGUUAUGGACGUAUGUAA